GUAAUCCGGUAUGACCCCAUUAUCCUCCAUCUGUUCCAGCAGAUCGAUAAUGACCUGCUGCUGGCGCGGAUAAUGCAUAAAUUCGGCCUGGAAGAUGUUCGUCGGUAUGAACUUACCCUUCGGCAUCACAUUGAUCAGGGCUUUAUACACUUCCAAAUCUCUCUGCACCCCAAAUUCUUCCAUAUGUUUUAACGCCGCGUAGAUAAACUCGACGUGAUUUCUCCGGUGGACGCUCCGAUCCUCGAAUACACGCACCAUUUCUAUGUAGGUUUUCUUGUCUUUCUGUGAUACAUGCUCAAAGAAUUGUGUCCGAACUACCAGCUUGGUAUCGGAGCUGCCAGUUUUCGGACCUUUACCCGCAUCGUCACCAUUCGAAUUGGAUGUGCACGCCCGGAAGGAAGUCCUGGAAAGCAGAUAAACUGUCCCAAUUCGUUGCCUAAUCAACAUCAUUUUACUGGUGCGUGAACAACACAAACACGAGCUGACAAAUUGAAACGUCAAAGCAAAACAACAUAACGUUUCGUUUGAAAUUUUCACCACAAACAACUGUGCAUAACGCACUCAGUUUGUUUACUAUCCUCAAAACGCGUCGGCAUAAAUUUCAGGAUGGAAUCAAAAAUCGAACUUUGCAUUAGGAAUUUCCCCGAUUCGCUCAGCGAAUCGGAUAUACUAGAGUUUCUGGAACAUUUCGGUAUCAGUGCAGUGAAAUUUCUCAAGAGACGAAACAAAAUCUCCGCCAUCGCUAGUUUACCGGAGGAAACCGUUGCACGAUGUGCAAUAAGCCGGCUUCAUCAGUUAAAAAUACUCGAUAGACGUUUAUCCGUUGAAUACUACAGGCGCCCCGAAGUGGAAGUGGUCGAUGCAGACACGGCAGCCCCUCCAAGCAUCAAGCCCACCCACGAGUUGAGCAACUUUGUCAAAGCACUGCAUGCAUUGCAGGCGGAGAAUUUCAGUCAACCUCCGCCGCCCUACUUGAAGUAUCGAUAUCCGAAACCAACGCGAGAGAUUAUCGACAGCAUUUGUGUCGCUCUGGAAUCGGUUCCCAAGUUCUACACCCAGGUGUUGCAUUUGAUGAAUCGAAUGAAUCUGCCUCCACCGUUUGUUCCGAGCGAUUUGCAGAGAACCACGAACCAGACGGCGUCCGUGAAGAAAGAUGCCUGCCAGCAAACGGACGUGACGUGUUUUCAAGAAUCGCUUCUGGCUGAAGGCGAAUCAGAGCUUGAAUCGGACGAGGAGUUGCAGCCCAAGCGCAAACAGAACACGAUUUGGAGCAAAAAUCGUUUCAAGCCUUAUACUCUUCCCAAGAAAGCGGACUGCAAUAAUAAGGUGGAACAGGCGAGAAUGUUUGCUCAACAACAAACAAUCAAGCCACCCAGCAUCAAGAUGCGAAUUCCGGAUGAGUUGAGAGUGAAACCCAAUCGUUCGCCCCCGAUCUCUCAGGAAGUUGAAGAAAUGAAUGCUUCCCCUGAAGAAAUUCCUGCAGCGAAACCUUCAACCAUCACUGAGGAGGACCUGCUGGAAAACCGUAUCCCUCAAGGUCAGCUCGCGGAACUUCCCGUGUUCAAAAACUACACGCCGGGUCUUGCUUCCAACAAACUGUAUGUAAAAAAUCUUGCAAAAACCGUCACCGAAGCGGACCUGAAAUGGAUCUACCAUCACUUCGCAAUCACCUCCGAGCCGGACAAUGAAAUCGAUAUCAAACUAAUGCAAAGCGGUCGAAUGAAGGGACAAGCUUUCAUCACAUUCUCCUACGUCUACGAGGAGGACCUGGAUCGGCUGGCGGAGAAACCAGCCGAGCGCGCACUGCGACUGACCAAUGGAUUCCUACUGAAGGAUAAACCCAUGGUGGUUUCCUAUGGCAGAGCCGUCGGGAAGGGGGAAACCGGUUUGACAGAGUCGACGGUUGCGGGGGACAAAGCGUCGUGAGAGGAGAAAGUUGUUUUGCGACUCGCGCCGAAUUGAAGAGCAGUGAAUACGCAAAUACAUGUUCGUCUAAAUGACACACUACGCAGUCCAUGAUGGGUGAUGAAUGGGAAUGAUGAUUAAAUUUGGGCGAAGUCACAUUUGUGGAGUGCGUGAGAGUGCAGGGAUUGUUUUCGUUUUUUUUUUCAUUGAUCACCCCGAUAAAUUCAUGGAUUUGAAGAGGAAGCGCGAUGCGGAGAAUGAGAACGAAGAACAACUACAACAUACGAGGCAGGCAAAACACGCUUCGUCCCUUUUGUUGCUUCCUUCUUGAAUGAGAGAUUAGGGAGAGUAUUGGCAAAAGAGAAUGGAACGAAAAAAGGACUCUCUGGUUCGGUUGGGUGUUAAAUGAACCAAGCGAUGCUGUACCUCUCUGAAGCUUGUAAAGUUGCUGAGGCGUAAAUUGGCUGUGUCAUUUCUAGUCUGGAUUUGAGGCCGUGAGGUAGAAGGAGAGGCAAAAUGUUAGUUUACGCAAAGCAACGUAAAAUAGUGUGAGUGUGGGAGAUCAAUUGUUCAAAGGAUCCUUCGAACAUCAAACCAUUUCAUUCCCUGUCAAUCUCAGUCCGGCCGAACAUCUGGACCGAAAACGUCUGUGUGGACCCCAUAGUGAAAAUGUUGCCAAAACGAGGAAUGUUGUUUGCAGAUUUGCCAAAAGAGGUGCAACUUCUUAUAUUCGACCGAUUGACCUUCCGUGAACGGGUUUCCGUUUCACGCGUUUGUCGCCAAUGGAACGAGUUAGCCUUCGCAGAUAGUAUUAUGCCACGUGUGCUUCUUAGUUUAACGCUUCGACCUCGAGACAGUCUCGGAAAAUUUAUCACCGUUCUACAACGGUCCAACCGACGCUACCAAAAGUUCCUUCUCUAUUUCGAGUAUAAGUACAACAAGCACAACUUGAGCGACAUUAAACAACUGUUGAAUAUGAUGCAGUCACUGAAGCAAUGCGAAAUUACGUGUUUGUCCUAUUCAUUCGAGGAAAAUAUAAACGUCGUGAUUUACGAACUGUUGGGCAGUUGUUGUUCUACCCUAGAAUCAUUUGCCCUAAACAUUCAUGGGAUAUUUUCAACGAAAGGCAAGUUUCCAGAUGUUACCGUCGAUAAACAAAGAGCAUCGCUCCAGCUACCAUCCCUAACCAGCCUGACAAUCAAACGACAUGUUUGGCGAUUUAGUGAUUUCAAUACAGGCAUAUCCCUGAAGUACCUACCCCCCCUGCAGAAGAGUAUUCCCAACCUGCGGCAUCUAUCAAUGAACUGUGCAACUGCCGAACAGCUAAAGCUGUUCUCUUGUCUAGCCAACCAGCUGGAAUCGGUUUCGGUGUUAUCAUUCGACCGAGAAGAAAAAUUGGCGGUGCGAUUUCUGGACCUUUAUCUACCGCAAGUUACAUGCGUUAAGUUACCUCAAAUACGAAAACGUCAAAUCGAGGAACUUAAAUCAUUUCUGGGGAAGAUAUGUGAUAAACUAACAGAACUAUACAUGUUUUAUGUUUUGAUCAAUGAUGAGUUGGUAGAAUUCAUACUGCAGAACUGCAAACAGCUGAAGGGACUCGGCUUGCAUAUGGAAUCUCUUAAUCCUUACUGUUUGAACGACGUCGGGUCACAACUCGAGCAGUUAGAAGAGCUACACAUGCGGAGAAAAUUACGUUACACAUCCCACAAACGGAGUGGUUUCCAUGAAAUCCCGUUCGAUACGGGGUAUUUUUUGAACCUUCACAAUUCGCCAUACUACAGAUUCUAAAUUUUGUGCAACAUAGGGCCACGAGCCAUUGUAUGGAUAAGCAGUUGGAAGAUCACAACAUUUCUUAACCCGCCGAAAAUAGAAAACAGAUUCAUAGAUGUAAUAAUCAAAAACACGGAACCAUUCAAAUACGAAUAAUGUGGAGAUUCCGGUAUUCGAAUUGCAGAGGCAAAAUGUGGUAAUGCUCCCGACAUGUGAGAUACCAAAUCUAGUUUGCUCAGUUAACUAUCCAUAUUUUUGUCAGAGGUUCUCAGAAAGCUCGCAUAUUCCACUUUCUAGAUUCAAGAUUUUAUUAUAUAAAAAAUUACAAUUCUAUGUUUUAGAUUAUUAUUACAGUGUAAUGUAAGGAGAGAAAUAAACACAUAAACACAAACAUAUGAA